AGCGGUUUCACAACAGCACAAGGCAAGCACAAGGGAUUGUUAACGUGCGCGCACGUGGGCUGAGCGGUUGAACAUUGUUAAUGUAUAACCUCGAAAGCAGACUAGCGGCCUAGCGGCAUGAUAAUUGAUCGCACACAGGUCGAAUUAAAAUAAUGGCGUCAACACGAAUGGGGUUAACCAAGCAAUAUUUGCGAUACGUGCCCGCAGGGAAUUCGAAUAUUAUAGCAAGUUCAAAAUGUAAUGCAGUUUUUGUAACAUUAGAAGGACAGGAGGGAAGAUUUGUGGCCGUUGGAGCUUGUGAACACGUAUGUGUUUGGGAUUUGAGGCUCGGAGAAAAGGCUCAGAUUCUUUCGGGUGAAACUUCGGAGGCUACCCACUUGGCUGCUUCUCCUAACAAACGACAUAUCGCUGUUGGUUAUGCAGACGGCACAGUGAAAACUUUUGAUCUCAGAUCAGGGGAAAAUAUUAGUGUUUUUGUUGGACAUAGAUCUGAAAUUUCAGCUCUGGCUUAUGAUGCACUUGGCCAUCGACUUGCUUCAGGAUCAAAAGAUACAGACAUAAUUGUAUGGGACGUAGUGGCUGAAACCGGAGUUUGCCGUUUGGUCGGUCACAAGGGUGUGAUAACGCAACUCGCGUUUAUGCAUGAGCACAAUAUUAUUGUCAGUUCAAGCAAAGACACAUUUGUCAAAUUUUGGGAUUUGGAUACAGAGCACAAUUUCCGAACUCUUGUCGGUCAUGGGUCAGAAGUUUGGGGUUUAACUCUCGUGAAAAAUGAUCAGUAUCUUAUUACCGGAUCGAACGACCGAGAAUUGCGAGUAUGGAAAAUAUUUUUUGUUGAAGGAGGUGACAAAAGUAUAGCCAAUGGAUUGGAAGGCUUGAACAUUAAUUCUGAAGUUGAUGUGAACGAUGCGAAAUAUCCAUUAAGGUGUGAAAAGAUCGGCAGUAUCCUGAGAGCUGGGAAAGGACGCGUCGUUUCCUUAUGCUCAGACGCAACUCGAACGAUCGUCGGUUGUCACGGAACAGAAAACACUAUCGAAUUAUUUCAUUUUAUACCCGACGAUGAGGUCAAAGUUAAAGUUGCUAAAAGAUUGAAGAAACAAAAACUCAAAGCGAAGGAAAAAAAUGACGAGGAAGUGAUACCGGAAGAAGGUUCAUUCCUUAAAGACGAAGUGAAACGUCUCGCGGUCGCUAGAGCCGCGCAAAAAGCCAAAGCAAUAGACUUGGUAUUGGGCAAAGGUGGUGAAGCUCGGAUCUGUAUCGGCGUGAACAACAAUACUUUGGAAUUACAUUCUAUUAUCCUUAAAGACAAAGAUCGAGAGGCCGAAGUCUUGCGUACGAUAUCUGCCCAAGGACAUCGUACAGACGUGAGAGCAAUUUGUUUCAGUUCUGAUAAUUUGGCGUUCGCAACAGCUAGUGGAGAAUCUGUUAAAUUGUGGAACAGACCAUCUUUGACGUGUCUAAGAACGGUCGAAUGUGGUUACGCAUUGACAGCGACGUUCGUGCCCGGUGACAGGCACUUGAUAGUGGGUUUGAAGGAUGGAAAAAUGUUGAUCAUCGACAUCGCCUCGGGUGACGUUUUAGAAGAAAUUCCAGCACAUACGAAAGAAUUGUGGAGCGUCAUAUUAACCCCUGACAUGAAAGGCGUAGUGAGUGGAGGGGGCGAUCAAACAGUAAAGUUCUGGAAUUUCGAGCUCGUCGAAGAUCCAGAAAGUGAAACGAAGGUCAAAGUAUUGUCGGUACUUCAUUCGAGGACUUUAAAGCUCGAGGAAAGUGUGCUUUGCGUGCGAAUCACACCUAACAAUCGAUUCGUUGCCGUGGCUCUUCUAGAUUCGACCGUGAAGAUUUUUUUCUUAGACUCUUUCAAAUUUUUCGUUUCGUUGUACGGACACAAACUACCAGUGCUGUGUAUGGACAUUUCGAGUGAUUCAACUCUCAUAGCGACCGGUUCAGCCGACAGAAAUAUCAAAAUUUGGGGCAUGGAUUUUGGCGACUGUCACAAAUCGAUAUUCGCUCAUGACGAUUCGGUCACAGGUUUAUCAUUCGUUCCUAAAACCCAUUAUGUAUUUACGUGUGGCAAAGACGGCAAAGUGAAACAAUGGGACGUUGACAGUUUUCAAAAAAUCAUCACACUUCCGGGACACUCCGGCGAGGCAUGGAACUGCGCUGUAUCUCCCAACGGACUUUUCGUGGCUUCCUGCGGUUCAGAUCGCGUUGUCAGGCUCUAUGAACGUUCUUCGGAACCUCUGGUACUCGAGGACGAAGCCGAGGAAGAACGAGAGAAAGAAGAGAAUGAAUUGGUUACUGGAGAAACGAGCGCUGUACAAGGACAAAAGCAGCAAUUGUUGCCGUCGAGAAAAACAGCUAAUACGGAGAAAGCCGCUGAACUUAUACUCGAGUGUUUGGACGUGUGCAAAGAUUAUCGAGAAGAGUUGGCCAAUGUCGUUCCCCCGAAUCCUCCACCGGCUUUGCCGCUUCUGAUGCAAGCGUAUAAUUGUACGACCAACGAAGAAUUUUUGUUGGAAACUUUCAAACGAGUCCGAGCAAGUGAUUUGGACGAAACUCUUCUGCUUCUGCCGUACUCAGCAGCUUGUGAGAUUUUGCAGGCACUUCCAAAAUUAUUGGAGGGCGAGUCGCAAAUUGAAUUAUUGGCGAAACUAGCACUCAGCCUCAUUCAAGCUCAUCACGGCCCCAUCGUCGCGAAUGCUGAGCUUUUGCCAGUCUUGGAAGACGUUAGGAAUUUGGCUAUGGAACGCAUUACUUGUUUGAGGGAUACUAUUGGUUUCAAUCUCUAUGGCAUGGCAUACACGCAGCGUAUAAUUGAGGAACGUCAAGGUGUACAAUUGUUCAGAGACGCCACAAAAACGAGAAAGCAGAAAUCCAGAGCCAAACAAAAUAAACAGCGAGCUUUGAAGAGAGCGAUAAUGGCGCUAUGACAAAGAUAAAAUUCAUUUUUUGUACAAAUAUUUAUAAGAUUAAAUAAAAAUCGAAAGAACUUCAA